AUGGGUCAUGGUGGCAUGUUGGAUGUUUCGAGAAUUUUUGAGGGUGAGACUGUAGGGAAGACUGCGAUGCGAUGCGAUACGGUACGACACGACACGAUACGAUGCGAAGCUCUGGAUAGAGCAUCGAAGGGAGAGAGUGAGGGAGUCUUACGGACUCGCCGUGCCCAGAUCAUGGACAGAGAGGACGAUGUAGUGUACCGACCCUACCUACACGCAGUGCUACCCCGACGAACAGAACCGUAUACGCCGCUCCCGACAACAGCGCCCUGGGAUCCCGAGAAUUGCGUCGUCGGGAUACGACCCGAUGGGGGGAGUUUUAGAGCCCAGGCUAGGAGGUUCCAAUAUAUUUUACUUUGGGUAAUGAGUGGACGCGACUACGACAACUUUGGACUACUUGAGAGAGAGAGGAGAACCUGCGAAGAAGAAGCAAGAGUUAGAGUUACCCACCAGGUCUGCACUCGAAAAAAUUCGGAUGAAGAACCGAGUCUUCAACCUUUUUUUCAUGACUACUACUGCGUACUACUGUACGCAAGGAUAGAUAGGGGAGGGCCACGAGUCCCAAGACUCCCAAGUCCCAACUUCCAAGGUUCCAAGCUUGAAGUAUUUCACGCUUCGACGAUCCGUUCUGCAACUAAAGGCUUAAAGCCAGCGAUCGCAGCCCCUGAAUCCAUUGUUCUCCUCUUGGUGCUGUGGAUGACUGACACUUGGGACGGAAGCUUCGGUACUAGUAACUAUCUAGAGCACAGCUUUCACAGCACCGACUCCCGAGUUCUCUACGUGGGGCACUGGGGGAAGGGAGAGAGAGAGAGAGGGGUCCACGAUCCAUGUCGCGCGUGCCCGGAUAAAGUGGUGGUGCGAGGGUAUAUGGAUGGGUAUAUGUCAAAUCAAUGAUCAUCAAGAUAUAUCAUAUGGUCAUCAAGAGGGCCAUGGAGCAUGGGAUUUUACAUUGCAAUUAUUUGCAAUUUGCAAUCUGCAAUAAAGCCAGAACAAUAAUCCCCUCUGGCCAAGUGCCGCGGUGCCGGCGGGCGGGUGGAGACGGGAUGAUUCGGUCGGUCAUGAUCUGUGCCGCCACGCGGGCUUCGACUGUCGCCUUCUAGCCUUUCUACUGUAAGGUACAGUACCUGUCGCGGUGCAGGGCGGCCUUGCGACGGUGCGACGGGUACGACUCAGUCUACUGCGCGGAGGGAUGUACAGAACAGCCUGGUACUCGGGAUUUCAUGUGAAAAGUUCCAGAAGGACAGACUCACAGGAAGUCGAAGAUUUUCAGGCGAUCAGACCAUGAGAUAGGUGAGAUAGAUAUCUUGAUGGGGCGAAAGGACA